AUCGGUAAAACUUCUAGAGUUAUUUUAUUUCUCGUGCACGAACCGCAAACAUGUGGGGCGAUUGCAAAUACAAAAUAUUAUUUUCAUCUCUAAUACUCUGUCUAAUCCAUAAUGGAAGUGGAUUAUCUAGGAUUGAUCCGCUAGUGGAUUCUAAAGUUGGAUUAAUCCGUGGUUUGAGAGCAUCGGAUGGCGAUUACUCCAUGUUCAUGGGUAUACCUUACGCUACUGUUGACAAGAGCAAUCCUUUUGGGCCAGCUACGCCUCACCCGGUCUUUGACGACAUCUUUGAAGCUUAUGAUGAUUCAGCAAUAUGUCCACAAAUUGAAGAAUUCAAUAAUACUAUUGUAGGAACGUUGGACUGCCUUCACAUAAAUAUCUAUGCACCAAAUUCUGCCAAUUCAAGGAACCGAUUACCAGUUGCUGUCUGGAUCUAUGGCGGCGGAUUUUCAAUUGGAUUCUCAGGCAGAUACUUGUAUGGACCACGCUACUUUGUUAAUCAAGAUAUUAUUUUAGUAACGCUAAAUUACCGAUUGGGACCGUAUGGAUUCAUGUCUCUCAAUACACCUGAUGUGCCUGGUAAUCAAGGCCUUAAGGACCAAAGAUUAGCCUUAAAAUGGAUUAAAGAUAACAUUGAAGCAUUUGGUGGUGAUUCUGAUAAAAUAACAAUUUUCGGUGAAAGCGCCGGUGGAGCAUCAGUUGACUUACAAUUUUUGUACAACCAGGAAAAAUUAUUUGAUAAGGUGAUUAUGCAAAGUGGUACAGCGAUAUGUCCCUGGGCGGUAAUAGAACCUGACACAUUAGCACCUCUAAAAUUAUCCGAACACCUUGGUUUUAAAACAUCAAACGCUGAAGAAGCAUUAGCUUUCCUGGCAACGGUUGAUACAAACUUAGUAAUAGCAGCAGCUUCAGAGCUUGAUUUGAUGUUCCGUCCGACUGUGGAAGAAGGUUUUGAUUCCGAUGACAAAUUCAUUUAUGACUACCCCAUCAAUGUAAAGAAAACGAACCUCAGAAACGUGCCCAUACUUAUAGGAUACAACAGUGACGAACGUCUCGCACAAUACGAAACAUUACCAUCCGCAGAUUUUGCAAAGCUAGACCUAUUUAACGAUCAUUUGCAACAUUUUAAUCUAGAUGAUGAAAGUUUUGUUGAAAUGGAGGCACUUUUAAGACAUUUCUAUAUAGGAGACGAAAAAAUUAGUGGGAAUGUCAAAAACGAAUUGAUUAAAUUCGAUUCAGACUUCUGGUUCAAUCAUCCAGUACAGAGAACUAUACAAAAAUAUUUAGACGGCGGAGCGAGGAACAUUUAUCAGUACGUGUUUUCUUAUGAUGGUAAAAGAAAUUUUGUCAAAGACAGAUUAAAUGUAACAGCCGCAGGAGCAGCGCAUGCAGAUGAGAUCGGAUAUUUCUUUGACAUCUCAUACAUGGGGCCACCCUCUUUGGAAGACCAAGUUAUCAUCGAUCGUGUCACCACAUUAUGGGCAAACUUCGUUAAAUUUGGAAACCCCACUCCGGUGACAACAGAAUUAUUGCCCGUACAAUGGCCGUCAGUCACAAAGGAAUCGUUGAACUACCUGAAUAUCGACUCUGAACUCAAAGUUGAAAAGAGGCAUUACAAAUCAAGGAUGGCUUUCUGGGAUCUGUUUUAUAAACUCAAUAAAAAUGCCCAAAUUGGCUACGAAGAGAGUUCUAAGUAAA